AAGACAACAUGGGGGUGUCAAUAAACUUCACAUACUGGCUUUGCCUUGUGCAUCACCUUCGUUGUCAGAAAUGUCAUGCUCGUGCUUCGGCUCGUUUCCGCCGCUGCAGCUCACUGCGCAUCCUCGCGCUCAAUCAAAGUCAACGUUACUGGUGCCAGUGCUCAACGGCUAUCUCCUCAAUCACUUCCACCACCCACGGGGCUAUCGAUCACGUCGGGACUGACGCGCUACACCUCCCUCCCUUUGUUAUCGC